UCUGCGGGUUUAUCACAAGGUUGCACUGCCACAUCUACAGUAGUGCAGAAUGGACAGAGGAAACAUGAUUGGGCCUCGAGUUUUUUGCAGCCAAUAUACAUUCUCCUACAAACUUGGGAUAGGAGGAUGGCUGGCCUGUGCUGGAUGACAGUGAUGCUGACCGUCCUCCUGUCUGCUGGAGACAGGGCGGAUGCUGUGGACAGUGCGGACGCUGUGGACCUGGAAACACUUGCCUCAUACGUAAAUCAAAUCAGUGCAUUGUACGGAACCCAUGGCACGUAUAGUCUGGCUGUAAGCAUCCCAUUGCCAGAAAUGAACAGGAACAAAAACAAGAAAACCUUCCUAGCGGACCUCUUGAAGAAAAGUGAUCCUGUUGAGAGAGUGAAGGAUAAGCUCGACAAAGACGAGGUGUACGUCGGGACGAGGGUGGUCGCAUCCAAAUUCCAGGAGGAGGGUCAACACGCAGAGUCUCGUGUUGUGGACAAUUUGGUCACUUUGUUCAAUAACAAAGUAAAUAAAGCUCAAGAUAUGUUGCUUUUCUAUGCUUUUACCACCCCAUGUGGAAAAUGUUUUCAACUAGGAUCUACCGGAAACAACCUCGAUAGGUACAAUCAAAUACGUCUAUGGCAGAGUUACGCUGCUGUGUUUUCUGAAGUAUUCCAACCAAGAGAUAAAAAAGAUAGACUUCCUGAUGUUAACAUGGGAGCUGCCAUUCAGCUCUUCGGGAAUUACCAGGGCCCCCGAGGUCAAAUCGGUUUAGACCACAUAUUCCGUUGUAUGAAACCUGAAGGAUCCAAAUCGAUGGUGUGCAUCAGUUGUGACAAUGGUAAUCAAGUUGCAGACCAGUGUUUUUCAGAUGAAGACUAGCCUGAUCCCAGCCAAAGCCAGCCUUCCUCUUAACUCAAACAGUCUUCCUCUCAACUCAAACAGUCUUCCUCUGAACUCAACCAGCCCUCCUCUCACCUCAACCAACCUUAACAAGGCCUAGUUCCUCCUCACAAAGGGGAGGUAGUGGAGGCUGGCAGGUUGCGGGCGGAGGAAAGCACGGCAAAACAUAAAAAUAAAGGGCGUUAACCUUGAGUAAAAUAGACCCUUUUUGCUUUAACAAGACUAAGAGCAUUUCCAUUUAUCAGUCUUCAAAUAGUAGAUUCCUUUCUUUGCAUUAUCUUGCAUUUAUGUAGCGCUCACAGGAGAUGUGAGUGGAGGAGACAAGGAAGAGACAUGAGGAGAGAGGAGUCGAGGCAACAGGCAGAAAUAAAAGCUUCUUCAUCUAUGUAUUGUGUUGCUAUACCGGUGUAUUUCUGAUCUCUCUAAUAAAUCACCUUUUCUCUCUUUGAAA